GACCUGAAGUACGACGUGGGCGGAGGGGAGAAGUUCGACUCCCUCACCGAUCUGGUAGAGCACUACAAGAAGAACCCCAUGGUGGAAACUCUGGGCACCGUGCUUCAGCUCAAACAGCCGCUGAACACUACUCGUAUUAACGCUGCCGAGAUAGAGAGUCGAGUUCGGGAGCUGAGUAAAUUAGCCGAGGCCACAGACAAAGUCAAACAAGGCUUCUGGGAAGAAUUUGAGACGUUGCAGCAACAGGAGUGCAAACUGCUCUACAGUCGUAAAGAAGGCCAGAGAGCAGAGAACAAAAACAAGAACAGAUACAAGAACAUUUUGCCUUUCGACCACACGCGUGUGUGUCUGAAUGACGGGGACCUAAAUGAGCCGGGCUCUGACUACAUCAACGCCAAUAUCAUCAUGGUAGUAUCUGCUAUCAUGCCGGAGCUGGACUCAAAGUGUAACACCACCAAGGGGAAGAAGUCCUACAUCGCCACUCAGGGCUGUCUGCAGAACACCAUCAGUGACUUCUGGCGGAUGGUGUUUCAGGAGAACUCUCGAGUCAUCGUCAUGACGACCAAAGAGGUGGAGAGAGGAAAGAGUAAGUGUGUGAAGUAUUGGCCGGACAUGUCGGCUCUGAAGGAGUACGGCGCCAUGCGUGUCCGCAACGUCCGCGAGACAUCUGCUCACGACUACAUCUUAAGAGAACUCAAACUGUCCAAAGUCGGACAGGGUAACACAGAACGCACAGUGUGGCAGUAUCACUUCAGGGCCUGGCCGGACCACGGAGUCCCCACCGACCCCGGCGGUGUACUCGACUUCUUAGAGGAAGUCAACCUGAAACAGGAGAGCAUACUGGACGCUGGACCUAUAGCGGUACACUGCAGUGCAGGAAUCGGGCGGACAGGAACGUUUAUAGUGAUCGACAUCCUGAUAGAUGUGAUCAGAGAAAAAGGAGUCGACUGUGACAUCGACGUGCCAAAGACCAUCCAGAUGGUUCGCUCUCAGCGCUCAGGGAUGGUGCAGACCGAGGCGCAGUACAGAUUCAUCUACAUGGCCGUACAGCACUACAUAGAGACGUUGCAGAGACGCAUAGAGGAGGAACAGAAAAGUAAGAUUAAAGGGCGCGAGUACACCAACAUUAAGUACUCCUUGUCUGACCUGACUGGAGGAGAGCAGAGCCCUUUGCCUCCUUGCACUCCUAUUCCUACUCCCACCUGCACAGAGAUGAGGGACGACAGCUCCAGAGUGUAUGAGAACGUGGGCCUGAUGCAGCAGCAGAAGAGCUACAGAUGAGAUUCACCUUUGACCCCAGUGCUCUGUCAGUUCCAGGAUCUUGAUACCUGACAGUUUUUUCGCCAGCCACACCUUGACGCCUGAGACUUGACCGUAAUAAAUAACAUGGAACAAUGGAAAACACACACACACACACACACACACACACACACACACACACACACACACAUUAUAUAAGAGAGACCAGACAGCAGGCGGCUCCUGUUCCUGUUCUCGCUCAUUCUACACCAACGUCGGCCCUCUAGUUGAAUUUAAAACCACUGUGAUCAUCAGAAGAGCCUCCGAGAAGCCUAAAAACACGCUAAACCCUCAAAUAAACCACAGUUCGGGUUUAGCCGCGACAAAGGGCUGCAAACAGCGAGCGCUCACCUCAGAGGGGAGGGGAAAAAAAAAACAAAAAAAAAACAUAGCUAACAUUUUUCUCAUCUCUCAUCUUUCAAAAAAGAAAAAAAGUUUUAUUAACCAAAGGAAAAUAAUGUAGAUUGUUUUUUGCUUUUUUUUUUUUAUAUAGAUGGAAGAAGUGAGGAGUUUUUUGUUUUUUUUUCUGGCUUGUGCCAAAACCACGAGUUUUAAGUUAACCUUCGUGUCGUCCUCCCGGGUCAAAUUGAACCCGUCUCUUUUGACUGUUCCUUCUCUUCCUUUCCUUCCUCCCUUCCUUCCUUCUUUCCUCUGUCCUUCUUUCAUUCCUUCCUCCCUUCCUCUUUUCCUUUCUCCCUCCCUCCCCCCUACCUUCCUUCUUUCCUUUCCUCCUUCCUUCCCUUCCUUCCUUUCUUCCUCCCUCCUUUCCU